AUGGCUCUCAAUCUAGGUCACAGGAUUGAUCCGCGGGUUCGACGUGCCACUUCUCAGGUAGGACGCUGUGCUGCUGCGUCCCAACACGCUCAGCGUGGGGUCUUCAGUGAUCUGGCUGACGGGUGGGUGCACUUUGGUGGCUUGAGCUGCAGCUUGGGCUUCCUUAUUGCUCUCGCUGCGUCACUCGUCAUUAUCGGUUUUGCCUUUGUCUUUUCGAGAGAUACCUUCCUCAAUCACCUCCGGGUGGUUUGGGCUGAUAUUCUUUUCGAAUCGUUUGAGGGAAUGCUGGACGACAUGGCCUACUCACGGGUUGAUGCUUUGCUCGAGGAUUUGUUGGCGUGUUGA